GUCAGUAUWUGCAGCGAGGCGUCGAGAACCACACAAAAACAGAAACAUUCGCCGCUUGGUGAAGAUUCUCCUGUCCAACACCACGUUGUGUCUAAAAGAUGGGAGCUAGUUUUUCAGUGAAUMGAAAGGCCUUAUUUCGGGAUUGUACAUUUUGGAAUUUAAAGACAAGAGAACAAGCGAAGAGUUUUUAUUGCAAAUGCUGCUGUAAUGUAAGUGAAGCAAAAGACAGCAAACCAACAAGCUUUACUUCCUGUGACAGUCUUGCCGCUUAUUUGCAAAAAUGUGCCAGCGUUGGAAAGAAAAAGAUGAAGUCGAAAAUCGAACCUGCACCAUCUAAAAAACCAAAGGACAAUGUAUACGAAAUUCAAGAGAAAAAAGAUGAAAGCAUUCCCAAACAAAUCGUACCUGUCGCUGACACAAAACCCGACGCCGGCACGACAGUAGAAAACAGCCUGGUCAAACCUCAACAAAGGCCGAAGAGUUCAAGCUUUACUCUAAGCAGCGACGCGCUCCGAUGUAUAGGGAAUUUCGUGAAAAGUCACUGUAAAAAUCUAUCGCGUCUAAGAUCUUCAGAAGUGGUUCUUUGGUUGCGUGGAGUCGACAGGGCGUUGUUGAUUCAAGGAUGGCAAGAUCAGGCUUUCUUGACUCCACCAAAUCUUGUUUUUUUGUAUAUGUUACUCAAAGAAUCGUUAAAGGACAAAUUCACAAGUGUUAUUGAACUGCGUGCCGAGGUUUUAACGUGUUUAUACAUGGCGUAUACUUACAGUGGACCUGAAAUAAGCUAUCCUCUAAAGCCAUUCUUAGUGGAUGGUGAUAGGGAUGCUUUUUGGGAUCGAUGUGUGAACAUGAUCAACGACCACAGUGGUAAAAUGCUCAGGACGAAUAGAGAUCCGAAGUAUUUUGGUGAGCUAUUGGUUGAACUGAAAUGUUUCAAUUCAGUUGAUAGAAGAGACGGCUGAUAGAAUUUUUCUUAUAAUGAAUUGGAGCUAUAGAACAGGGAAGCCUUUUUUUGUAUGGGUUGCUACUUCUACUUUUCUAAAAUCCUCCGGCGAAAUGCUAAUGGUAAUUCUMUUGAAUUCAAGAAGUUUCCAAGAAUUCUCUUUUAGAACUGUCAGUAUUUGUAGAAUUCGGCAAGAGUUGAACAUAUCUAGAAGGAAGUUGAUGUACAGUGAAUUAAGAAUUUAAGAAUUUGACUGAGACGGUGAAUUUUGACAGACUGUGUGCUGCAUGUAAUUAAAUAAUUAUUUCCAAAGACAGAGGAUUUUUUAAAAAAGCCAGGAAAGAGACAAUAUAUUAACUAGUAAUUAAUUUUGUUUCAGGAAUAUUGAUUUUAUUGUGAUAAUUUUAAUUCAUUUUCAUUUUUUCAGUAUUAUUUGGAAAAACAAGAAAAACGUUCAUAGUGAUCCUUUCAGAGGGAUUUUCAAAAGAAAAUAGCCAAAAAUGAAACAAAUUAUAGUAUAAUAAUUAAUGAAGUAUUUCAGUUGAUUAUUUUAGUUUAUAUUUUACUAACGGCGACAACAAAAACCAAAGAUCGAUCGACCAGAAGUGUAAAAUGCGGCACACUUUUGCAUGAAAUAGCUAUACAAGAGAAAUUACCAAAAUAAGCUUUCCAACAUCUGUUCAGUUGACGUUUUCUGAAAAUGGAAACUUAAAGCUACUAGACGCUUGUAAAUAUGAGUAUUGUUGAUAAAAAUAAAAGUAUUUUUUAUCAUAA